CGCAGGCCAUGGUGAGCGAGUCCCCGGGGCCCGGCGCCCGCGUGCCCUGGCGGCGGGGCGACGAGGCGCUGCGCGUGAACGUGGGCGGCGUGCGGCGGCGGCUGAGCGCACGCGCACUGGCGCGCUUCCCGGGCACGCGGCUGGGCCGCCUGCAGGCCGCGGCGUCCGAGGAGCAGGCGCGGCGCUUGUGCGACGACUAUGACGCGGCGGCGCGCGAGUUCUACUUCGACCGGCACCCGGGCUUCUUCCUGGGCCUGCUGCACUUCUACCGCACCGGCCGCCUGCACGUGCUCGACGGGCUGUGCGUCUUCGCCUUCGGUCAGGAGGCCGACUACUGGGGCCUGGGCGAGAGCGCGCUGGCCGCCUGCUGCCGCGCGCGCUACCUGGAGCGGCGCGUGGCGCGGCCGCGCGACUGGGACGAGGACAGCGACACGCCGAGCAGCGUGGGCCCGUGCCCGGACGAGAUCUCCGACGUGCAGCGCGAGCUGGCGCGCUACGGGGCUGCGCGCUGCGGCCGCCUGCGCCGCCGCCUGUGGCUCACCAUGGAGAACCCCGGCUACUCGCUGCCCAGCAAGCUCUUCAGCUGCGUCUCCAUCGGCGUGGUGCUGGCCUCCAUCGCCGCCAUGUGCAUCCACAGCCUGCCCGAGUACCAGGCCCGCGAGGCGGCGGCCGCCGUGGCCGCCGUGGCCGCGGGCCGUGGCCCGGCCGGCGUGCGCGACGACCCGGUGCUGCGGCACCUCGAGUACUUCUGCAUCGCCUGGUUCAGCUUCGAGGUGUCGUCGCGUCUCCUGCUGGCGCCCAGCACGCGCAACUUCUUCUGCCACCCUCUGAACCUCAUUGACAUCGUGUCGGUGCUGCCCUUCUAUCUGACGCUGCUGGCCGGCAUGGCGCUCGGCGACCGGGGCGGCGCGAGCGGCGAGGACCUCGGCGACCUGGGCAAGGUGGUGCAGGUGUUCCGCCUCAUGCGCAUCUUCCGCGUGCUCAAGCUGGCGCGCCACUCCACGGGGCUGCGCUCGCUGGGCGCCACGCUCAAGCACAGCUACCGUGAGGUGGGCAUCUUACUGCUGUAUCUGGCCGUGGGGGUGUCCGUGUUCUCCGGUGUGGCCUACACAGCUGAGAAGGAGGAGGACGUGGGCUUUGACACCAUCCCCGCCUGUUGGUGGUGGGGCACGGUGAGCAUGACCACCGUGGGCUACGGGGACGUGGUACCCGUGACGGUGGCCGGCAAGCUGGCAGCCUCAGGCUGUAUCCUCGGGGGCAUCCUGGUGGUGGCGCUCCCCAUCACCAUCAUCUUCAACAAGUUUUCUCACUUCUACCGCCGCCAGAAGGCUCUGGAGGCCGCCGUGCGCAACUGCGACCCCCGGGAGUUUGAGGAUUUGCUGAGCAGUGUCGACGGGGUGUCGGAGGUAUCUCUGGAGACGUCCCGUGAGACCUCCCAGGAGGGGAGGUCUACAGACCUGGAGGCCCGGGCCCCCACUGGGCCUCCAGACUCUCAGGCUUACUAA